GACCGAGUCAGUCGUAACGUGUUCUCUCCCUUGUUGACAGAUGAGUAUUGAAUGUGGCAUGCUUGUCAUUGAAGGUACAUGCACCCCAGUCUGUGUCUGCUAAGCAUGGUGGCCUGUAGCAUGCGCCUAUGGGCUAUGAUGUACAUAUGUUGCUUGGCGCUGCAUGCGAUUUCAUCACCGUCAGAUCGGAAACACUUCUGAAACCGCUUGUCUCAUUCGUUUGUCCUUUACCUGUCUGCUACCCAUAUCAUACCUUUCUACCCGGGCAAACAUUUAUUUUCUGUCAAAAUACAGCAUGAACAAGAACAGGCGCGUAUAAGAAAUCGACGAGACGGUGAUGACAGUUUCAGAAGUUUCCAUAUAUAAUUGACAAAAAUGGAUGCAGACAAACAACUAAAGACGCUGAAGCAGACCCGUGCAAGGAAGCUGGGAACACUGACUAGGACAAGACGGAGAGCAUUCAUUCUGAUAGAAGCCAAGGGAAGCCGCACUGAGUUGACAAAGAUACUGAAAGAAUUGGACCUGACAUUCGAAGCUGUUCAAGAAGCUCAUGAUAGUUUUGCCGACCAGCUUACACAAGAAGAAGACAUCAAAACGGCAGUAAAGUACAUAGAAGAUGUCGAGAAGCAGUACUCUGAUGCUGUGGAAAGGAUAAGUGAACAUUUGGAGGCGAGAAAGGAUGAAGCACCUUCAGUUGCCUCAGCGGUGGGUCAAGUGGCUGCCAACUCUGCAGUCUCAGAGCGAUCCGAAGUAGCAAAGGCUAGAGAAGCUGAAAUACAAGAACGUAUCAAGGAGAUGGAGCUUUCCCAGAUGAAGAAACAGCUUGAAAUAGAACAACAGGAGCAAGAGCUGAAGCGCAAGCGUAUGCUGCAGGAGGCGGCAGAUGCUCGCUCACGAGCCGCGCUGGAAGCGAGUCUGCAGAAAGCAGCGCUUGACGAUCUGCAAUGGGAACGGAGGAAUGAUUUUCCGGACCUCACCGAGCAAGAUGUUCACGCGCCAAUGGCUCAUCACGAUCAAGGAAAAGAAGCACUCAUGACAGGAACCGUUCUCGAGCCUGAGGACAAGGCUUCAAGCAGACGCUGUUGCUCGGCAUCCAACAGGAACACACCGAAAGUGACAUUACCACAGUUCAGUGGCAAUUCACUGGAAUGGCCGCAGUGGUUCGGUUUGUUCUGUGCUCUCGUGGACAGUCAGGACGGACUCUCUGAUACUGAAAAAAUGGUGCAUCUCCAGGCAUCAGUUAUUGGACUGGCAAAGAAGACCAUAGCGGGAUUCAUGUACAGCCCCCACUUGUACCGCGACGCACUCAUGGUGCUGCAAGAGAGGUUUGGUCGUCAAAAGGAUAUCGUCCGUGCUCACCUCAGUACCCUGUUUGGUGCGCCGCGCAUCGGCGUCUCUAGUGCUGCUGCUCUGGAAGAAUUGUACACAAAAGUCAAUUGCACAGUGACAGUUCUCCAGAGUCUUCACUGUGACGGUGAUCUGAUGAGUCACGAAAAUCUGCAACGAGUGGUCGAGAAACUCCCCGCCGAUCUCAGAAGGGAGUGGAGCAGACAUGAGAUUGAGUCGGAACUCAGUUCACCGUCGCUAGCCACGUUCAGCAAGUGGCUUGGGGGACAGGUUAAGAUCGCCUUGAACUGCAUCGAUCCCGUCUCGCAUGUACUUGAACGGAGGACAUCGUCGAAGAGAGCUACUUUGUUGACAAGUGCUGACCACACGGCGUGCGUCUGCUGUGACGGAACUCACCACCUGGCGGAUUGCAGCAUAUUCGCCGGCUGGUCUGUGGGAAACAGAGCGCAGUUUGUGGCUGACCGUGGACUGUGCUUUGUAUGCCUGCAGCACGGUCAUCUGAUAAGGACCUGUCGCUGGGCUAAGCCAUGCGGAAAAGAAGGUUGCACCAUGCGUCAUCACGAGCUGUUGCAUGGCAGCAGUCGUGUAUUUCGAAGGCAGUGGCCUGUGGAGGAAGCUCGGCAGCAAGAUCAUGUCGUCAAAAGACAAACAUCUGCAAAUGACGCUCAAGCACCAACGCAAGUGGAGACUUCUGUUCAUCGCACGGUGGCGACUUCGUUUCCGGUUGACGAGUCCGAGACACUAUUGCAGAUAGUGCCAGUUCGUAUCCACGGCGAGGGCAGCACGUUCGAGGACGUCUUUGCUCUGCUCGACCCUGGGUCGCAGACCUCACUCUGUGCUGCCGAUGUGCUGACAUCCUUGAAUAUCACAGGAACACCGAGUGAUCUUUGUCUCCAGAACGUUGAAGGCAGUGGAAGCCCUCAGAGCUCACAGAAGGUAAAGCUCCUAGUGAGCCCUCGAAGUGGUGAUCAAGUACCGAUAGAAGUGUCCGAGGCCUUCUCAGUUCCCAGACUAAACGUGAAGCCACCGCAGAUAUCUGCUAACCAGAGAUGCAGGUGGGAGCAUACAUUGGACUUGGACAUUCCGGACUACAGGGGAGUGGAGAUCAAACUGCUCUUAGGUGCAAAUGUCAUCGAAGCCGUCAUUCAACAGGAGGUGAGAAUCGGCAGACCUGGUCAACCAGUAGCAGUAAGAACUGCGUUUGGGUGGACAUUGACUGGCACGGUCAAGGGUCUGGUCCCAGGACAACUCCGGCACGUCAUGUUCAUCAGGAAAGCCCCAGUGGAACACGACCUCACGUCUGCGAUCGAAGACUGGUGGAAAACUGAGUCGUUCGGGGUGAAGAUACAUCAGCCUCUAGCAAGGUCUGUUGAGGAAGAUCGCGCUGAGAAGAUCAUGAAGGAGACUACAAAAAUGGUAGAAGCAGGAAGAUAUGAAACAGGCCUCCUGUGGAAAAAGAGUGGUGCAAGACUUCCGGACAAUCGGAGCAUGGCUCUCCGCCGGUUGCAACAGCUGGAGAAAGGGCUACUUCGUCAGCCGGAGAAAGCAGACAAGUAUCAGAAGAUCAUAGACGGAUAUCUGGAUCAGGGGUUUGCCAGAAGAAUCCCUGAAGAAGAGCUACUGAAGUAUCAUCCGAGGCGAUGGUAA